GUGGCUCUUCGCCGGCUGGAGAGCUGGUCGCCAUAUUAGUGGCGGAUUGUAACAAAAAGUUUUUGCUUCUGAUUUUCGUCGUUAUCGGCGAAAGGGAGUAUAAAAUACUCCCAUUUUGUGUUUAAAGUUAUCGUCAGUGUAUUUAUCGCUAAUUAUAUAUUUUACUGAGGAAAAUAUAUUUUUCUUGUUGUGUUGUAUUAUAAACAUGGCUUUUUAAAAUGUCGGCCCUGAACGUAAAAUUUUCUUCUCCUUGCGGAGUAUCCCGCUCAAUUGCUUUUGUGGAUGUUGGAAGAAUCCAGGAUGGACAAGAAAUCUAUAAACCGUUCCGUCUUACAACAGCCGAGGGCCUCCGCCAUCGACUGUAAAAAAAGUACAGCAGAAUUGACGCAUAAACCUUGGCCACGGAGCAAUAAGAAACGCGAAGGACCUGGCAGUGUACCCAAAAAUGAAUCUGUUCGAAAGAAUAUGCCAUCGCCGAGGGGUAGAGGUCAAAUGGAUAAGCGGCCGCGCACCCGCGGUGCCACCAAUUUCCCUCUGGGUGGAACGCAGAACACCGGGAUAGAGGAUGAUGAUGAACCUGAAAUAGGGUCUGUGUUUACACCUGGAAGCAAGAAACAAAACUUGAACCAUUUACUGAACUUCAUGUAUCCCUCCCGUGGUGGUACCGGGGAAUGCGGAAGGGUACCGGCAUUGCGUCGUAAGGCCCAACAAUGGGUCUCAUACAAACAUGAACAUGAUCUCUACCUCCGAGCAUACUGUCAGUUUGUGGUCAAGGAAGAUGCGGAUGACAUGUUAAAUAUACUGGACCCUGAUAUGCCUCUUAAGUGGGAUCUAAUUGAGGAAAUUGUGGUCAGAAGCACCGGUAAAUCUGAAUGCCCAAUAUGCUUGGGUACGCCCGUUGCCGGGAGAGUUGGACGUUGCGGGCAUGUUUACUGCUGGGCGUGUAUCUUGCAUUAUGCUGCUGUUCAUGAGAAGCAGCCCCCCCCAUGCCCCGUCUGUGCAACCUCAUUACAAGUUACUGAUAUGAAACCAGCAAAGAUAGUGCAGUGGGAAUCUCCAGCUGAAGAGGUAACCAUGCGUCUCGUCCGACGUUUACGUGGUUCAAAUUUUGUGGAAGUUGCACCACCUCGCGGUCAAUUGAAAGAAACUAAAGAACAGCGUAUUCUGCCUCUAGAAACUCUCUAUGAGGCUCCAUAUGCCAAACUGUUCUUUGCUACAAAGCAACAAGUUAUUGACAUUUUGGAAAGAGACAGAAAUGAAAUAAAAAACCAAAUAUUAGCCGAGAUAGAUACAACUGAAAUAAUCUACCUGGAACAAGCAUUGGAAAUGCUUCAGUUAAAAGAACAAAAAAUCAAAAUGCAAUAUGAACAACCAAAAACUGUACAAUCUUCUGUACCUGAAGAAUUUGUACUGACGGUAUGUGAGAAACUAGAGGUUAAUGGGAAAAAAUUAGAUUGGUUUGAUGUAACUGAUGAAGGAGCUACAUGCUUAGAAGUACUUGAAAAUGAAAUGGGAACUUUGAAAAUUGAAUCUAACUUGAACCCAGAUGCGAAAGCCUUUCAAUGUGACAUCAAUGACAACCAAGUUGAAGAAUUUCCACUCAUAGAGAGUGCUCUACAGCAUGAUGACACUUGUGACAAUACAAUUUAUACGGAUAUUGACAAGCAAAAUCAGACUAAGUACUUUUAUUUCUACCAAUCUGACGAUGGCCAACAAGUGUUCCUUAACAGCCUAAAUGUACGGGUAUUAAAUGCUACAUGGGGCUGUCUUGCCGCCGCGCCGUCCGUUAUCCGCGGACGCGUACUACAACGUAACACAUUGUCGCUAAAUGACCAGACAAGAAAACAGAUGCCCUAUACUACCCACUUACCUCUACAUUGCUCCUUUGAUAUUGUGGAACUGGAUCUACAGCCACCUUAUGUAACCAAUGAAGCUCUUGGAAAUUUUGCAGCUGAAAUUGAACGUCGGGCAAGGAAUCGAGCCAAACAUAAGCGAGAUGAACGACGCCGAGAGAGAGAUCAUCGUCGUAAGAUGGAAGGCCCUCCGAAACCAGACUUUUCGUCGGAAGUAUUGUUCCCAUCUGCUCUCCCUACAUACAGUAGUUCACAGCCUACCUUUAGUAGUAGUCCUCGACAAAUGGAAACUUUCACUAAUAUGGAUCAAUCUCCAUCCACGAGUUCUAUUUUAAGUUCAGAAACAGAACAGGCAAGCCCUUCUACAAGUUCUUCUUCACCAGGACUUUCAUUUGCUAAGAUGGCUAGUGCUAGUGGUACUUGGCGUGUACGUAAGGCAACACCUCCGUCUCCUCCGCCCAUCGAAGAUGAAUCGACUGGUCCUCGCACUAUGGUGCUAAGCGACGCCAUAGAAGCCGCAUUACAUGCCAAUUCUGUACAGCCAUCAGGAAAAAAAAAUAAAAAAUCUAAACAAAAGCUUCUUUUCGCUACAGGAAUGCAUCGCGCACCUUAAAUGUCAUGUCAUUGGAACUGUUUUUGUUUUCUUGACUAAUUGAAAUAAAAUUUUAUUAUGAAAUAUUGUAUAAUAGGUACGUCUUAUAUAAUUUGUGGUUACUUUUUUAACUUCAGACAUUUUCAUAAUUUUUUCUGAGUAUGUGAUAUGAUGAUAGUAUAUAUAUUGUAUUUGCAAAUAUUAUUUUGCUUGUUUUAUGUUUACAAAACGUGUACUAGUAAUAACAAUUACUUAGUUUGCUCACAUCAUCAUUAUUAUAAUUGGGUUGAAGAAUAAACUCAGGUGAAUUAA